GAUACUGAAUAGCGCAUCUGCAAGAGUAGAAAGCGAAGAAUGUGUACGAUUAACGUUCGAACUAAAUGCAGGAACGGCGUGUAAUUACGUCGACACAGAACCUAAAUACUAAAAUUCGGUGUGGUCAAAGAGAAAUAUCUCUGGUCGUGUAGAGUAAACGAUGGCAAAGUAUUUUCUGUUAACCAACAGCUAAGAAAGUUCAUAUUAUAUUCAACAAAUGGAUUCCAUGUUGCUGUGCACCUGUUCGGUAACAGAUCGCAGGAAAUGAUGUUAUUAUUGAGAUAUCUCAAGUGUCAUACCCUCUAAGAUGGUGCACUGUACAGAAGUUCACCGGUUAAUGUACUUUUGUUUAAUGCUUAAUUUUUGUGAAAUCAAGUUACCAAGUCUUUUUUGAUAUUUUUGUUUUGUUGAUGUGCUUUUCCUUUAGUUGCUGCAGAAUAAUCAGCUAUUUUAAAUGUCAUAUAUCGAGUAUACAUUAAGCAGUGUUGUUGUAGAGUUGUGUGUUAAGGUACAGAGGGUCUUUUCUACUAAUAACUGUCACUUGACAAUUCCAAACAGACACUUACUUUAUCUCCAACAAGAUUUGGUGUAGAUCCCAAAAAGACAAAUAUUCCUGGUUGUCAGAAAAACAGGGAAUUUAAUGUGGGUAUUGAUAAGAAACAACUCAGCAAUGUGGAAUCAAUAGAGUGGCGUUUGGAUCCCAAAGUUAAUCAAUCAAUCCUAGCUUGUAGCUCUAAUGGCUUUCUCAAGGUUGCAUGGUCACCACUUAACUGUGAGGAAAAUGGCAGGUAGUAAAUAUUUCACUUUGCAUUUAACUUUCAGGUCAAUGUUGUAGCAUAACUAAAUUUGUUUUGUUUUAUAGACACAAUAGACCUUUGUGGGUGUCCUUUGCAAAAAAAAUUGUUAAUAUUUGAGGGGUAACCACCAUAAAUGGUAUAUCUAUGAAAAGGUUGUUGCAUACACUACCCAACCAAAAUUGUUCCCUUUUAGCUUAAUCUUAUUGUAAACCAAAUGAGGCACAACAAUCCGAAUCAGUCUUUUAUUAUGAUACAUUUUGGUAGAAGGCAUUGUGGGGGAUGCAAAACACAGAAGUUGUGGUAUUCUUUGGGCCUAAUUUCAAGGCAAGCCAUGAAGUUUUCCUGCGCUUAAUGAUUCAUUUAAAGAAGACACACUUGCCCAAAGAGGAAGUAGCUUUUGUCCACUUCCAGAGAUUUGCAAAUAUUUUGUAACUUUGGGUGACCACAUGUCAAGUUUAGUCAACACUCUUGAUUGUUGUUCACCUUUGAUAUUCAGCACUUUCACCACAAACUUAUCAUCUAUCAUAUGGCAAUGCUUUUGUCACAACAAACUUCUCCUAAGUUAGUUUGACCUUCACUUUCAUCAUCUUGCUGGUGCCUGUCUCUGGUUUUUUUUUUUUUUUGUUUUAUUUUAUUUUAUGUUUGUCUGUCAUUGCUCUUUGGUUACCACUGACAUACAUGGAACCAUGUGUUCAUGCGUGAAUAAUAAAGGUCAAGGUUAAUAAGAUUCUGAAUGUUAUGAACAAAGGUAAAUGGUAACUUUUUUGGAAAAAGAUGUUUGAAAACAAAAGAGAUUUAGUUUAGCUGUGUCAUUUUGAUAUGUCUAUAAUUAAAAAGUAAACUUUGCAACAAUGACCUGCAAGAAAUUAGGUUUUUAGGCACAAGGUUUGUAGGAACUACUGCAUAAAUUUUUUUUAGGGAUCUUGAGAAGAAGGUGAAAGCUAUUGCUCUUGUUGAUUUACUAAUAUAAUUUUAUUUAUUUUUAUUUCAGAUGCAUCAUAGCAGCACUCUUCUCAGAAUAUCAGCUGUGUAUUUACUUGUCUCCAGUGCUUGGUACAAAAUGGAAGGAAGCUAUUGAUAUAUCUCAAGAAUUUUCAGGUUAUCUUGCAAAGAACAGUAAUGAAUUAGGUCAAGAUGUGAUGCAGAAAACAGAUUGGCAGAAUGUUUCCAGGUUGGGUACAAAAAACUGUGGGUCACACAAGAAUCAGUAUUCUGUCUUCAAGCAACGUACUGAAAUCCUUGCCUUCACUUGUUUGCAUUGGUUUUCUCAACUUUAUCAGAGCAGAGAAGAUGUUUCCUUAAAUAACACAGAAGGGAUAAUUAAUGAUAAAAAGUUUGCAGUUUUGGGUGUUGGUAAUCGAAGUGGUGCUGUGAUGUUUUGGAAAGUGAUGGUACCUGUUAAAGUUGACAAGGCAAUAGUUCAACUGGGUGGAAUCCUGAACACUGGACAGUCAUGGCCUAGUUCCUUGUCAUGGAAAGAAACAAACCUAAACCAAGGUAAUGUUAUCACAAAAUUUUGCAAAAAAAGCUUGGGUGCAGCUUACACGAAUCUGCAAGAACACCCGAAAAAGGUGCCUCAAAUUUGCAAAAAUUGCCCUUGCACUGCAGCAAACUACUGAGUAACAAGGACUUUGGGGAUUUUGCGAGGGUAUAAAUUGAUCAUUGCUUUUGCAAGUGCAUUGGCAUCUAAGUGAGCUGUUUUUGUUCAUGAGCUUAAGCUUAUAAUUCCUGUUUCUGAUUAGUGUCAAACCUUUGUCAUUAAGAGACUUCUAAGUCACGUUUGCCUCCUUGAGAAUGGUACUUGACAAGAAACCUUGCCUUGUAUUGCUAUUAAAAAGCUAUUUACUCAUGUAUAAGUCAACAUUUUAAAGGUCAAAAUUGGAUUUUUCAUCAUUCCUAGUAAAAUGAGUAAAAUUCAGACCAAUAGAAAUUUCCCAAAAAGUUAAUCUCUUAUUUCUGAGAAUGUAUUGAAAACACAGUGAAUUACACACAAGACUGUGUGAGACAACAGCAUUUACCAGGUCACUAAGGUACUUUAAUUGUUAGAUGAAAACAAAAGUUCAGCACUGUAAACAGCAGCAAAGCUGCAAGAAAAAAAUGUCUGCUCUACAUAUCAGUAGACAAAAUAGAAAUCAGCUCCAGUAAGUUUUUGUCUAAGCCUUCGUGCUGAUUUUUUACAUGUUUAGAAAUAAAUUAUCAGUUCUACUUACUUUCGUCACCAUUUUUUUUUUGUUCAUAUUUUUGUGAUAUCCAGACUAACCAAGGUCUUGGUAACAGUUAUUAGCCUCAGCCUUUGGCUUUAGCUGAUAACCCCUAACUCGACCUUUAUUAUUCUGGAUAUCACAAAAACCUCAUCCAAUAAUUGUUUAUUAUCUGUAGGGUUGUUGGCUGUUGGGAGUACAGAUGGUCUUAUUAAGAUUUUCAGUCUCAAACUGUUGCCAUCAAUCAGUGGAAUUGCAGAGUAUGUGUUGUGGGGAGACAAGGAUGACAUGCAAGUCCUGUACUUGGACUGGCUUCAUUCAUGGCAGGUGUGUAGAUGGUAAUUAUUGUUAAUUUCUCCAGUAAUGCAGAUGGGCUAAUGACAUCUAUAGUAUGAAGAGAUUAAAUUACACUGUAGCCUAUCAAAACUUUUCCCUACCCCAUAGAGUAAACAAUCCUGUCCAGACAUAAUUCUCCAAUCCACAUAUCACUUGUUGGGCUGUAGCUCUCAAUUUACCAAGGUGCAAGUGAUAAAGAUCAGCAUAUAAGAUUGACACCUCACAUGAGUGAGUGUGCUUUCAAGAAACAUGUUACACAUGCAAGCUACCUUAAAAUUACCAACCUAGCAUCCAGUAUGCCUUCCACAACAAACAACUAGUCAAUCUUCCCUUUUUACAAUAUUUUUUGUUCUUAGUAGAAUUUGAAAAGUGUAUGGAGAAAUGUUUAUCUAUACUGCAGAGGUUAUGCAACCAAGUAGUCCAUGUAGUAAAUUAAGUACUUAUUUACAAGUUGACCAAAUUUUUCCAGUGCCUAGACAUUUAUUGGUCGGGGCUUCAAAAAAAAAAAAAAAGUCACUGGUGCUUCAGCAAACUCCAGUUUUAGAUAUUUAUUAAAAAGAACGAAGCAAUAGAUCACUUUUCGGGUUUAACAAAAAUGAAUAGAAGAGUUGAUAAUAAUAAAUUAAGAGUUUGAAAUACCUUUCUUCUGUUACUGAAUGUUGUCCAUCCAACACAAAGUAAUAUCUUGCUGGCAACUUAUCAUGAAAUUAUGCACGCAUGUCCCUGAACUGAGUUGCAGUUUAUCUACGGAUGGUUAAUUCUAGGAAACACAGACUAAAAAAAAUGUGUUUUAAAUUAAAAAAAAAAACAGAGAACAAACAUAGUAUCCACCAGGAUACAUACAUAAGCAGGGGGUAUCCUCAGUACGGUGCCACUCUCUCCAAUCAAAGUAAUGUUAUUUUAUUAGAUCCUUGCAUACUUAAUCUGGUUUAACUUGGGCUUUUAUCAUUGGGCCAAAGCUAAUCAGAUGUUUUGUUUUUUUUCCUUUGCUUUCAUAGACAUGUGAUGAUCUUCAUUAUUUGGUGGCAUGUAAAGGUUCAUCAGUUAUUGUAUUUUCAGUUGUGGCAAAGAAUGAUAUACUAACACAAAAGCCAAGCUAUAAAAUAAUACAAGGCAUUCACAAAAUGCCAAUCACAGGGCUAGCUUGUACACAAAAUGGCACUAUCCACACUUGCAGUCUGGAUGGAUCAGUUCAGACCACGUCAGUUGGUAAUGACCUUAGACAAGUUUCAUAUUACCAAGUCUACUUUCAUCUUCAUAUUCUUGUAUUUACCUUGACACUGUCUAACUAAGCUGUCCUAAACUUGAUCUUAACUUGAGUUGCAUUUCACCAAUUUGAACUCCAUGUUUGUGUUCUUCUUCCUUUGGAGAGUUUCCUGUUGAGAAUUUACUGGAACUUUUUUAUUAGGCAUGAAUUAUUUAUCUGUAAGUAGUUGUUUUACCUAGAUGUUAGACAGAUGUUUGGUAAAAUAGUGUCCUAAUUUGACGUUCUAUCAGUUUACCCAAAUGUCUUUCAUCACGAAGUAUUUGUGACAGUAAAUGGUAGUUAAUUAUUUUUGCUUCUUUUUUUAAAAUUUUUUAUUUCUUUAAGACAGUGCAAUAACGAGUGCUGUGAGUUGUGCUGUAAAGAAAGGAUUCACGUGCUCUGGCAUAGGAGUGUCCGCUAAUGGUGUCUUCAUUGCCUUAUUUCUUUCUCCGUCAAAUCACACACAGCAAUAUCUGGAAUCUCACCAGAUUCAUGUGAGUUUACGGUCUAACCAAUUUUCCUUUAAAAUUGUGUCUACUGAUGUACACGUGUAAAAAUUGCUGACUUUUAUUUACAUGUAGAUUCGCUUUGUAAACAUUGUGUGGGGAUCAAAUUCAGUGGAACGUCUACUGAACAGUAACGAAGUUCAACUGGAUAGAAAGUGGGAUGUGUGUAAAGCUAUUCAACACAACAUGUAUUACAGCAAAAAACUACCAGAACCACUUCAACUAGUUAGCACUGGUGCUAUGGAGGGCUCUUCGUUUGCUGUGUUGGCGAUCAUGCAAUACGCGCUGACUGUUAUGAGGGUAAUAUCACAGCAACAGGAGGAUGAUCUAGCUGGCAAUCAAGUACAGCAGCUGAAGUGGGCAGCUCAGCUUGAAUGGAUUAGAGACUACAUCUACAAGCGCUUAGUUUCUGCUACACUAAACAGUUGGUUAGAAGGAAGGAAAGCUGGAACUGUUAGUCCUCUAGGUUAGCAGACAACGGGUGCAACUAUAUUAUGAGUUUCUUACAUUAUGUUAGUUGUGAUAUAAAUUAGUGUUGAGAUUACCCUCGAAAUGUAGUGACAUGAGUAAGAAACUUAUACUAGUGAAAAGCUUGACGCAAAGUACGAAAUUCUAUUAACUCCUCAAUGCUAAUUGCUCAAUUUGUCUUGUUAACUUUAGGAACUUCUAGUUUAAUUAGUUUUGCUAGUGAAUAGUGGUAAACAUGUUGUUAUUACUUAAGGCGAACAGUGCAAGGACUGGUAAUUUCAUUCUUUGUUGUUUUCAAGAGAAAGCUUUUCAAUUCUUCUUUUAUUUUAAUAGGACUAGGCACACAUAAAACUCAUUGGCUUGUAGCUUAAUCUUUACUGGCUUUUUACUUGUCCGACGGGAAGCAGUUUGGGAUUGGAUUGGUUAAAUCAGGGAAUUUUGGCACUGCAUUAACAAAAUCAAGGGAUAAAUAUUUACCUUAAAGCACAAAUUAGCCUCCAGGGGUUUGGCAUUGACACGAAAUACGGCAUCCAUAUAACGUGAUUCUGACAUUUUUGUUUUCUCUCCACAGAUUCGGUUCCAGCACUGAUAAUGUGCGACUGGUUGGUGACUAAAGGUAUUGACUCUGCUGUCACUGAUAUGGUUACUCAGGGGUACGAAGCCUGUAAUGAUAUAGAAGGUUUGAAGAAGGUCUUAUCACACACUGUUAAAAGCCAGGAAAAUGGCAAAGAAAGCUCUUCUGGUUUGCUGCUUCAAACUGGAAAAGCCACAGAGAACCAGUCUGUUAUCUUUCAAAGUAACGCGAAGGCUGUAAAGUCACAAGUAAGUGACAAAGAUCAAACCUUAGCUGGUGUCACAGACGAAUCUUUUACCUUACUCACAAGAGAGCAAUGUCCAUUAUGCCAAACUGCUAUUGCUGUUGAAAGCUUGGAGUACGGAAUAUGCCUAAGUGGUCACCGCUGGCCGCGUUGCUGUGUGUCCUUUGUCAUUUGUGCUGAAUUAACACUCAGACGUUGCCAAGAUUGUAAUCGCUGUGUUUCAACCCCGAGUCCUGGAUCAUCUCCCUGGUUGCGAAGCUUAUUGAAAAUGACGAAGUGUCCUUUUUGUUUAGGCUUCUUUCAUUAGUGUUUUUCCUUCAGUUGACUCACAAUUUUGUUAGAAAGGAAAGAGUUUCAUACAUGAAAUACAGUGGAGUUACAACAGCAAGAGGCAGAUAUUGGCCACCAACGGAUGCUUAAAAAACUUGUAUCCUACCCGUCUGUUUUCACAAGAGUACGUGAGCUAACCUGCUUAUCAGGAGAUGAAACAAAUCACCGA